AUGCUCGAGAGUCUUAGGAACUUAGUUGAUGAUGGUGCUCUACCUAGCGAUCCCAAGUGGGUCACUAUUGAAGCAAGCGACGGUGACCAGAGACGAUGGCCAUUAAAUACUACUAUAACUCCGGACUCAGCAGGCUUUAUCCAUUACAUGCAGCCACUCUCAUUGGAUAGUAAGACGUCCAUUAAGUGGCGCUUGAUAAUCGGUCAAGCGCUUGCACACUUGAUGAACUAUCCAGACCUUGAAAGCAAGACUUGGGUUCUUAAGAAUUGGCCUGUUGGAUAUAAACUCUAUGAUCGACAUAAAGGGCAAAAAGAUGGGCGGAUACGACACGACAUUUUUCUCAUUGGAUCAGACACGAUCGGGCGGUUUUGUUCGCCCGCGGAGUUUAUACCGCAUGCGUAUUGGCUUAUGACAGACCCUACUCAAGACAGGUCAAAUUGUGAAUGCAAAUAUUGUACCAAGAAACCUCAACGUGCGAUUAACGAAAAGCUCAGCCUGUUACAACGGCAGUCAUCUCUUAAGCGAUUUGCUGAACUGCCGCGCGAUGACGAAAACAAAAAGAAGGACAGGUAUACUCUGCCUGCUAGGGAGGGCCGUGUAUCUAUUGUUCUGCGUCGAGCUCCGAAGCCGGCCAAACUACCAAAGGGUCCCAAACAGCAUGUGAGUCCUGAACGCGACAAGGACUUGCGAGCUUUGUUUGGGCCAAAGACUCUAGGAGAACGGCGGUGGGCACGUGAAGGUGAACUAGUAUGGGUGAAACUUGACUUUCCGAUACCUGUGGAAAUACCGGAUGGUCACUCCGAGAGGAUUUCGUUUUGGCCAGGCGUUAUUGAAGAGGCUCAUUUCAAAGCUGACAUCGCUCCCCGGACUGGAACGACGGCGGAUGCGAAAACAGCUGCCUCAAGCUGUUCUAAUAGCCUUGGAGAUAAUACCCAGACAAUUGUUCACAGGGCUGUCUAUAAAAUAAACCUCCUGGUCACUUCCAAGACGGUUAUCUAUGGCUCCGACCAUAUUUUGCCUUACCAGUCUUACGCGCCAGAUGAAAAUCUUCUCACCGCGGUGAAAGCGGUUAUGUUCGACUUAGAUGAUUUUGCCAACAAACUUGGUGGAAUUAUAGCAGCUUCUGACUCCGAAGAGGAUGCAGAGUACGACCAGGCAGAACAGGCGGAGCAGGACUUGUUCAAGCGAUUCCAAUCUCUUGAUCCCUUUCCCGGCUCGGAGCCUCAACAUACCCAGUGCGAUGAACGAACGCGGUAUUUCGAAACGGCAGCCGGGGCUUUCGCUGUAGCGAUCCAGAUUGCGUCUCGCUUAACAAUGUACUGGACGCCUUCGGACGUAUGGGAGUACAAAAUGCAGCUUCCCUUGACAUCGCAUGACUCCAUUGCCGAUCGUAGUUUAUCUAGUGGAACUCUUUCACAGACAGACCAGCACGCUCUAGGUCAGAGAGCACUAGGCUUGCAGCAAGCAAGCAACGUCGGUUAUACCGCCCAAAUGCGCUUUCAAGGACUGUGGUGGGGUCCAGAACGCAUUUGGAUGGGAGAUCUUGUUCGGUUGAAGCUCGGGCGAUAUCAGGUAGCGCCAGAAGGGACGCGGAUGAUCAAAAAGUCGUCCGGCGCAAGGAAUGACGGUCUAUUAGAUGCUGACGGUGUCCAUCUCGACAACACGUUAAGGACAAGCUCUACCGAUAUUGAUUCCGUAAUGCAGGAUGUGGAUCUCACCGCUCCUAUCAAUGGCUCACUUACAACUGGUGUCAGCUCGACAAUAAAUAAUGGCAAUGGCAAUCAUGUACGAGAUGUCGGAGCUGCUUCGCGCUCCCUAUUCCUUCGUAUUGAUGGCUUUUUCUCUGCACAAGUCCCAAGUAAGGACGGAGUUGGCGUGGAAAAUGAGUGCAGGAUGAGUGGCCAGCUCUACGAACUUGCCGAUGAUGACUGGGAUUCCGAUGGAGAGGAAACUAAUGUCUCCUUGCUUCCGAAGAAGGCUAAGAAGGAGCCUCUUUCUCAAACCGAAUCAAAGAACUCUCUGGCGACGCCGUUGCGCGCUAUCAUGUCCAACAAGCCUAGUGCAACACUCGCAGAUGUGAUCAAUCGAAAUGCCUCUCGUCAGUCUCACCUUCCUUCAUCAAGCCUGUUUACACCAGACCCAGAGCUUCUUUCCGAGCCUGCUCCACUAGUGAAUGCUGUAAUGUCAGAAGUGUUACAGAAUAGGACCGACUCACAUUCCCUACCUCCUCUCUUGUCCACCAAUACACUGCCUUCGCUCAUUGAUAGAAGAGAUAAUCUUGGCACGUCGAUUGCCAAGGAUGACGAGCCACCACCUCCUAACAAUCCCUCUCUUUCCGGCCCUCUCGAGCCUGCCGAAAGUGCCCACUCUACGCCACCCCCACCUUCUGGGAUGAAAUUCCGACCUAUCCUCCUUGAAGGGUAUGAAGCUGUCUUGCCACUCACAACACUCGCAGGCCGGUACUAUUCCGGCUUACUUUCGAAUCCCCUUCUACGAUCACAAGUGCAGCAUGCCUUGGAGAACCCUGAAGCACGAGAUAGUAAAGCUAUUCGUGCUUUGGAAGGUUUUGUACCUGGAUUAUAUAAUUCCGUGGAUUCCACGCAUUUCCUACCGGUACGAGCACGAAUGCUUCGGGAGGCAGAGAAGUUAGCAUGGAAAGAGCUAGUCGACUAUUGGAAACGGUAAAUGCGAAGCGCUAAUGCAAAUGCGACUGAUGGAGAUUAAUCGCAUUUCCACUGCUUUUACUCACAUUUUUACUACAUUAAACCUUGGUUAGACAAACCAUAUCAUCCGUAUAUGUAUUUUUUUUAUUUUCAUACCUUUCUUUGCACAUUCUCAUCGCAUCGUUUUUCGGGUUAGAUCUCAACACUUCUGCUUUCUUUUCCUUUCUGUAUCGUGCC